AUGCCUACAUCGAAAAUCUCCAUGGAAUUUGCUGCUGCAGAUAACAUUAAAAACCAAAAGACUACCAAGCAAAUGUAUAAUGAUGAAAAUGCUUGUUAUACAAGCAGACUGUUGAAAUUUGAUGAAUUACAAAUACCAACAAAAAUUACUUUAACAAAAACCUUUGAUCCAAAAGAACUUUUGGCUAUCCCUAUUGAAUCUGAAGUAUAUGAGCAAUGGAAAAGGGAAAUAAUUGACAUCAAUAUUGACAAUUAUUUUGUUAAUGGUGAUCUAUCAGGUUCUACAGCAGCUGAAUUUAGUGCAGAAUGUGUGCAUGCUCUUCCUAGAACAAUGGAAGCUAUUGACAUUAACCGAAAUGUUAAAGAUCCAUCAGAGAUUACAAUUGAUUCUUUACAACCAGAUGUACUUGUAUGGGUUCAAGAUGCAUUGGUUUUCAAAGCAGAAGAAAAGAAGGAUGGUGAUUUUAAUGUAGUAAUGGAGGAAUUAAGGGAUAAAAUGAAGGAUUGGAAUUUAGCAUCAUGUGGAAAUCUUCCUUAUCUUCUCUCAUAUGGUGCAGUAAAGGAAAAUUUUCAGUUCUUUGCCAUUACUAAAGAUUCCAAUUUGAUGUCAAUUUCACCUCGCUAUAAUAUUUCUACAUUUGCUGGUGGUUUUAAGGUUUUAAUAUCAACUCUGAACAUGUUUAAAUGUUUUCUUGCCGCAGCAACCCUACUUCCAGAAGUUCCAUUUCCCUUCUUAAAAACUUUCAAUAGACAAAGUGGUGCAUCUAUUACAUUUGUCUCAAGUGAUCAUAUCCAAAAAAAAAUAAAGAAUUUUGAAGAUUAUAUUUACAGUGACAUAGAAACUUUACAAGAAGUUUAUAAAAUAAUUGAAUCAUACAGCAACCAAAAAGAUAUUCAAGAAUUAAAAACUGCAAUAUAUCAAAUACUUAAGGUCCUUGAGAUUGUUUAUGAUUCAGGUUAUGUACAUCGAGAUUUGAGUUGGGAAAAUAUUUGGAAAGAUAGCCAUGGAAGAUUCAUUGUUGGUGACUGGGAACAUUCUGGAAGGUUGGACAAUAUUCCAAAAUUUGUUAUUCAAUGGUGGGCACCAGAAUUACAUAAUACACCUACAUCACCAUAUACAGACAAAGCAGAUAUAUAUCUUGUUGGAAAUUUGCUAAAUACAUUGGAUGUAUUAUUAUCAAAUGAAGCAGUAGCAUUCUGUUCACUCUUGAUGAAAAAUAACCCAAAUGAACGUCCCUCUGCUGUAAAUGCUUUGCAGCAUCAGUGGUUUAAUAAGCAAAUAAUUUUUCAUACUGCCUGA